UCGUCUCCUUUGUUGGACGUGUGCGAGCGAGCGAUUGUCCAGUCUAAUCUAUCCUCGUCAGUGGACGCGCGAUUCGGCGUUUUGGCUGCUGCUGCCAUUUGUUCGGUGUUUCUUGGGAGUAAUUCAGUGCGCCCAGUGGCGAUCAGAGACGUUCGAAGAUGCAGUGAUUGAUUGAAUCAGUUGCCGGUAAAGAGAAGGAUUGCUUUGAUUGUGUUUUGUUGCCUCCAUCAUCGGGAUCCGCGCGAAAGGUUGCAGGGGUGAUAUGUUGUUAUCAGAUGGAUGAAGUGUUUUAAAGUUGAAGAAAUCGAGGCACACUCGAUUGAUGAUGGUUUUAAUUGGCAUUGGCGGCCAGAGUGUUGUUCUUCGGUUUUGUUUUGGUGUCAAGAAUGGAAAGUGAAUAGGAAGAAUGUAAAUAAAUCAAAUUAACAAAGUUGUUUACAUUAGUGCUGGCGAAUGAGUUGAAGAAAUUUGAGCAUCCGAGGGUUGAAGGUGCAAACGAAGAAGAAAACGAUAACAAGCAAGUGCAUGUUUUGGUAUUGUUGUUCAUUCCGGACCAGCGAUUUUGAAUGUUAUAUUAAUUCAACAUUUGUGAAACAAUUUUAAUGGAUCAUUCCUAGAUUAUUCGCCGUCGAAUGGUUGAAAAGCAUUAGCAGAUGCACAUAAAUUAUCCUACCUAUUGCGAGGGUGAAAAAAAGUUGAAUCGGAAAGGCGGUGUGUCUGUUUUUUUCCUGCUAGCUAGCAAAAGAAGAAUGUGACUGAUAGAAACCUCGAGCACAAGAUAAGUGACGUGAUCGACAAAGUAAAGGAGAAGGAAUGAUCUCAACCCAGCUCGAAGCCCGUGAAUAAUCGGUUAUAAGAAAGAUAACAAAAAACAACUCGAAGAAAGUUAGUUUAAUCAGUAACAGUAAUAAACCGGAAUCACAUCCAUUAGUAAAGAGUUCAAGCCGAAGCAAAAUUCAAAGGUAGCUGUAAGAAAAACCUUGAUAGCAGUGUAAAGUCGUGCAAAAAUAACGAGUGUAUUGGGUCGAAAGAUACGCCAAGAAGCCGACAUUAAUAAAACAAUGAUAUUUAAACAUGACCGUAAAAUAUGCAAAUAGAGUUCCAUAACAUUGCCGCCGAAGUCUUCUGCUACUCCUGCUUCUGAGCUCAUCGGCGAAAGAGUAAACGUCACAAAACACAACUCGGUCAUAAGGAAUCGAAGAAAAGCUACUAAGCGAAGCGGAAGAAACGAGUUGAAGGGAGAAGCAAAAAACCCUAUUGAUUUUGGUUCGCGAAGACGUGAUUGCUACAACAGUGAUAGGCUACAAUAGGAGCACCCACCGAGGUCGAAGAAAGAAGAUAUAGGAGAGGAAAGUGUGGAGGAAAUAUCUGCUGUGCUGCUGCCCUGACAAAGAAUCGUUUGAUCUUUAUCACAAUAGGAGAGCAGCGAGAAGAAAAGAAAAAUAAUAAAACGGCCCAGACCAAAGGGAAAAUAAACGGAAAAUCGUGAUUAGCACGCGGGUGAAGUCUGCAAAAAGUGCCAAGCCAAGAGUGUGAUAGCAGUGUUGGUGUGCUGUGCUGUGUAUCUGUAAGGAGUGCAAUCAUCGGAAAAGUGGGGGUAGGUUUUCUGUUUUUGAUAAGAAAAAUGAGCCAUUUCCUUCGAUUGGACGCCUAAUGGUGGUAAAUUUUCGAAGCAAAUUCUUCGUGGGGAGCCUUCAUCGUCGUUAAAGUGUUGCCUACAACAAGCGGCGGAAGAAAGGAAAAAUAAGGAAAAAUCCGUGCUUCUUCAAGGCACCCAAAACCAGCAGUUACUACAGGAAGAACCUAUCAAAACAAAGAAGCGAUCGACCGACCGGUAACCAGAACCAAAAGAAGGAAUCAGCAGAAGAACCUUUCCGUGGAGAUUGGAUUUCGUCAACUGGCGCUGAAUUCUUUCGGGGCAUGGAUUCACUGUUUGCAAAAAGGUCAGUUUGAUACAAACGAGACGGACCUUGAGCUUGGAUGAUCGCAUAGACUCAAACAAUGCCAGGCGUAAACAUUCUCCCACCAACCAUCGCCUCUCAUAAUGCAAAAUGGAGCUCUCGACGAUGGGAGGUCGCCGUUUGACCUCUCAGCAGCUUCAGCAACUUCAACAGCAACAACAGCAGCAACAGCAACAACAGUUCCAGCAGCAACAGAAUCAAGCACAAUUCGCCACCCAAUCGCUGAACCCAUUUCACCAGCCGUACCCCUCGUAUCAGUUCAAUCCGGACGAUCAACCGGCGGCCAUGUUGUUCCAGCACCAGCAAACGCACCCGCAUCCUGCUCAAUCGCUGCCUCCGGCUGGUCCGGGUUUGACCAAUUCGAUGCAUCAUCAUCGUACAGCGCCACGAUUUCAUGCCUCCCGGCACCGGAAGGAUUCGCUGGGGAAGGCCGGUGGCGGAAAAUUCCUCUACCCCCCAGGUUCUCCUUCGAUGGGAUUCAACGAGAAUAUCUACCACCAGCAGCAGACGACGACGGCGAACUCGGGUGGCGGUGCCAUGAUAACGAAUAACAGCAGCAACAGUAGUCUGCUCAGUGGCGGAGGUGGAAAUUUGAAGCACAAUCGAUAUCCGGAAUCGGACCCGGAUAUCAUCGAGGUGUACCUGGAGGACGAUCCGAUCAACUUGAAGGAAGCCGUGCGCGAUGGCAAAGAGAUAAAAUGGCGCAACAACAUCGUCGCUACCAUGGAACGUUACGAGCCGGCUCCGUCGAUGGCGAACAAUGCCGCAACGCUACCCUCGUCCUACCUGCACCAUCACCAGCACCACCAUCAGCACCAGAACAGCGCAUCCAGCACCGACAGUAGCCUCAAUCCGGAAUACUCGUACGCCUACUGCGAGCCGAUCGUGCUCAAGCAACAGCAACAGGGCGCACCCGGCCAACAGCUGCACCCAAGUCAAAUUCCGCAGAUCCACAAGCUGUCGUCGUCCGUGUCGAGCAAUGCUCUGUCGAAGCUGCCAUCCACCAAUUCUCUACGUGCCUUACUGAGCAAGAGCUUUCGCAAGAGUUCUCUCUCGGCUGCCAAUUCGGCGAGCGGCGGUCGAGGAGCGAACUCGGAAGCUGUGACGGCUCCGUCGACUGAGAAGCAUACCUUCACGACGAGGUACGGAACGAAGGAGAACAUCUACGAAGACGUUGGAGCGGGCUCUAGCUUGGGAACACUGAUGGGAGCGGCCAAGGCUGGAGCUAGCAAUAACAUGAACUCCUCAUCGAUGCAGAGUUUUGAAUCGAUCAAUAAGUUUAACAUUCACGAUGAACUGAGGCAUGUCCAGAGUCAACACGAUCGAAUCAUUGGGGAGUUGAAUUUGUCAGUUGAAACGCUGAUUAUGCCCACGAAAGACGAACAGGAUGCCAUCGAGGAGCGGUUGAAUGAGAUUCACUGUGCGCAGUACCACGACGAGAUGUCUCAGGACGAUUGUAUAGCGGCAGGUUCGUCUAAUACUGCGAUGAUUCAGAUGCAAGAGCGACUUUCGCCAACCACUUCCCAGCCAAACAGCGGCGAUGUCGACAGCGGAAUUAGUGGCAGUAGCAGUAGUGGUGCUAGUUAUUCCAGUAGUAUGCUGUAUCGAACGACAGCUAUGUAUACGAGUAACAAUAGCAGCGGUAGUAGCAAGACAGUGACCAUAAAUGACAACGCCGAGGGUAGUGGUUCGGGAAUGUCGAUGAUGGCCGGAAGUAGCUCGAUACGAAGCAGCUGUGGCAGUAACAGUGGUUGCGGUCUAGCAGGCCCUACCGGAUACUCCACCACCUGCGGAGGCGCUAAUUGUAGUAGAUUGGCUUCUAAUGUUGUGAUACCUAAUUCGAAUAAGCUCUCUUGUUGUUUCUAUUCUGAUAAGCUAAACAGUAGAUCUAGUAAGUCUAGCCCGGACCAUUCCGAUAUGCUAGGGGAUAAAUCUAGCUUUUGGAAUAAACUGGGGAAGUUGAAAAUUUCCGGAGUGUUCGGUAAUGGUGCCAACAGUAGCAAUAGCAGCUCGAACAGCUCUAGCACCAGCAGCUGUAGUACAGGCGGGCCACAUUUUCACCAACCGACGCAUCUGCAUCACCACCCGCAUCUGCAGUCGCAUCACCACCAUAACCAUACGCUUCUUAGCCAUCCGCAUCAACUGCCGGGUAUGAACCAAUCCGUGCCGACUACCACGACCAAUACGGCAACAAUUGCUCGAAGCAACGAAGCAGAGCAGAGACAGCACCAUCUGCAUCACCAUCACUUGUUCCACCACCAUCACCAUCAUCACCAGUUGCAGCAGCAGCAACACCAGCAUCAGCAAUCGCAACCGCAACAAGAACAACCGACGACGAUAGAACCCUGGUGGAAGACACCGCCGUCCGAUCCAGUUGAACCCUGCUGUGGUGGCCAUUCCUGUUGCAGUGCAGUCGAGUACCAGAUUCCGUGUGAAAUUCUGGCAACGAUACCCCCGCAUCAGCAACACUUCCAUCCACACCCACAUCCUCCACCGCUUCCGCCACCUCCGCUCAUUCAUGGCGCAUGCGGCGGUACAAACGGACGGCCACCACUUCCACAACCCCCGCUGCAGACACAGAUCGAACUGGAAGAAAACGACGACGACGACGAUGAUGACGACGGAGACGCUGGAAACGGAACAAACCGAACCCCGGCUGCCGAAGCAGAGAACCGAAACGUUGACGCAAAACAGGAACCAGUGCAGCAACCAUCCCAGUAGGCUGCACAAACACAAACCGACCGUACUAGAUUCUAUGAUACCGAAAUGCGUAGCCUACUGUUUGAACCAACUGUAGACUCGUGACGGAAAAAUAAUUGUAAAUAAACGUCCAACAGAAACACGUGUAAUGAUUUUUGAGCAAGUCGAUAUUAGUAGAAUAGAUCGAAUUUUACACAACAAAAAAAACCACCAGUCGUACGCCAGCACCGAUAAAUUGGAUUAACUGAAUUUGUAAAAUAUGAAAUCAAAAUGUAUAAACAAAAAAAAUAACUCGGAAGAUAACAUUCGAUUUGUUGUAAACAAGUUAAGGUAAAUAUAAAACAAAAUAAAAAAAAAUUAAAACAUCUCUAGGAGAACCAAUUUGACAGAGUAACGCGCGUAAGGCAGAUGCGAAGGAUAUUAUCUUUUAGUGUGAAUAGUUAGCGUUAUAAAUCAAAUAUAUACAUAAAAAUAACAAAUAUUAAUAUUAUGAUUGAUGAAUCGAAGGCAAACAACACGGUAGAAACCGAUCCAGCUGAAAACACAACACUCAAACAGUGAGAUCAGUGAGAAAAAAUUGGCAAAAAUCGCCCCCUGCUUUUCGGCGGUGAAAGUUUGAGUAAAGCAUGAAUAUAGACGAAGAAUUUUAAGUUGCUUUAUUUGCGUGUUUAUUUUACGAUAAUUGGUUAUUUCGAUUUUCGGAAAAAUUUUGGGGGAAUGUAAAAAAUUGAGUCUUUUUUAAAGACGUUGAACUUCAAACUUUUUAAACAACCAAAACAAAUUUCAAUAUCACACUGGAAUUGUGAAUCUCUGAAUCUGAAUUCUGGAUCUGAAUUCUGAAUCUGAAUUCUGAAUCUGAAUUCUGAAUCUGAAUUCUGAAUCUGAAUUCUGAAUCUGAAUUCUGAAUCUGAAUUCUGAAUCUGAAUUCUGAAUCUGAAUUCUGAAUCUGAAUUCUGAAUCUGAAUUCUGAAUCUGAAUUCUGAAUCUGAAUUCUGUAAAUUUAUUUUUCGGCAUAUCGGUGAAAAGUAGUUAUGAAAUUGAUAAAGAUGGAUAGAGAAGUGAGAAGAAAAUUUACAGAUGUUGAAAAGAGCGAAAGAGCAUUUUUGCGAGGAAACUUAUUAACGUACACCAUACUUUACCCUGCAACAUUUCAUUAUUUAGGAGAAGUAGUACCGGGAUA